AUGGCGGGACGAAAAAUCUUAGGAGUCGAUGGUAAACAUAACGGAGCCUACCCAGACUGCACCCAGCCUACCCAGACUGUACCCAGCCCACCAGACUGUCCCCUGUACCAGCCUACCCAGCCUACCCAGCCACCCAGACUGCAGCCAGCCUACCCAGACUGUCUCCUGUACCCAGCCUACCCAGACUGUACCCAGCCUACCCAGACUGUACCCAGCCUACCCAGACUGUCUCCCUGCACUAGCCUACCCAGACUGACCCAGCCCCCAGACUGUACCCAGCCCACCCACACUGUCUCCUGUACCCAGCCUACCCAGACUGUACCCAGCCUUCCCAGACUGUACCCAGCCUUCCCAGACUGUACCCAGCCCACCCAGACUGCUCCAGCCAUCCGACUGCACCAGCCUACCCAGACUGUACCCCUCAGACACCCAGCCCACCCAGACUGUACCCAGCCUACCCAGACUGUACCCAGCCUACCCAGACUGUACCCAGCCUACCCAGACUGUACCCAGCCUACCCAGACUGUACCCAGCCUACCCAGACUGUACCCAGCCUACCCAGACUGUCUGCACCAGCUGUACCCAGCCCACCAGACUGACCCAGCCCCAGACUGUCCAGCCACCCAGACUGUACCCAGCCUACCCAGACUGUACCCAGCCUACCCAGACUGUACCCAGCCUACCCAGACUGUCUCCUGCCCAGCCUACCCAGACUGUCCAGCCUACCCAGACUGCCCAGCCUACAGACUGUACCCAGCACCCAGACUGCCCUGCCCAGCCCCCAGACCAGACUGCACCCAGCCUACCCAGACUGUACCCAGCCUACCCAGACUGUGCCCAGCCACAGACUGUACCCAGCCUACCCAGACUGUCUCCCUGUACCCAGCCUACUCCAGACUGUACCCAGCCUACCCAGACUGUACUCCAGCCUACCCAGACUGUCUCCUGUACCCAGCCUACCCAGACUGUACCCAGCCUACCCAGACUGCACCCAGCCUACCCAGACUGCUCCCUGUACCAGCCCCCCAGACUGUACCCAGCCUACCCAGACUGUACCCAGCCUUCCCAGACUGUACCCAGCCUACCCAGACUGUACCCAGCCCAUCCAGACUGUACCCAGCCUACCCAGACUGUACCCAGCCACCCAGACUGUACCAGCCUACCCAGACUGUGUACCAGCCUACCCAGACUGUACCCAGCCUACCCAGACUGACCCAGCCUACCCAGACUCCACCAGACUGCCAGCCCCAGACUGUACCCAGCCACCCAGACUGUACCCAGCCUAUCCAGACUGUACCCAGCCCACUCCAGACUGUACCCAGCCUGACCCAGACUGUACCCAGCCUACCCAGACUGUACCCAGCCUACCCAGACUGUACCCAGCCUACCCAGACUGUCCCAGCCUCCAGACUGUACCCAGCCUACCCAGACUGUACCCAGCCCACCCAGACUGUACCCAGCCUACCCAGACUGUACCCAGCCUGCCCCAGACUGUACCCAGCCUACCCAGACUGUACCCAGCCUACCCAGACUGUACCCAGCCCACUCCAGACUGUACCCAGCCUACCCAGACUGUACCCAGCCUACCCAGACUGUACCCAGCCUACCCAGACUGUACCCAGCCCACCAGACUGA